AUGGCCACACCACCGCAGUACAUUCUCGUCACGGGGGCCACAGGCUUCAUUGGCGCCCAUAUCGUCGAUGUCCUCUUGUCCAGAGGGCUUCGCGUCAGGGGUGCCACGCGAUCUUUGGCCAAGGGCCAUCUCAUGAUGCAGUCCCGACCGCAGUACGCGUCGAAGCUCGACUUUGUGCAGGUGGCAGACUUUGCGGAAGGCGGUGACUUCGCCGAAGCCGUCAGAGACGUCGAUGCCGUGGUUCAUGUCGCCAGU